GACCCUUCUCCCCAUAUCCAGCGCCCCCCUCUCUACCUCCUCAGCCCUGGGCCAUGCCUUCAGCACCCCCCUCCCUACCUACUGAGCCCUGGGCCAUGCCUUCAGCACCCCCCUCCCUACCUACUGAGCCCUGGGCCAUGCCUUCAGCGCCUUCCACAACGGCCCCAUCCUCCUCCUCCGCACCCCCUCUCUCGCCUGAAGCUUUUACCGACUUCCAGAGCCCGCCACAACAGCCCCAGUCAGGAGGCGGUCUCUCUGUGGGAGUCAUUGCCGGCAUUGCUGUGGGUGCAGUGAUGCUGCUGAUCAUUGGCGUGCUGCUGUGGUGGAGAAUCCAGAAGAAACGAGCGGCACAUGGAGCAGUCACCUCAUGUGAGCACACAGAAGGACAUGGCAUGAAGGAAGAUCCAGAGGAAGAAGCGGCAGCAAUGGCAGCAGUAGCUGCUGCAGCACCACUACCACCCGCACCAGCAGCAGCAAUGGUGGUCCAGGAUAAAGACGUGGUGGUGGAAAUGGGUUUAGAAAUGGAGAAGAAUGCAGCACGACCGCAUGUCUGCCAGGAGUACCCAUUGGAAGAGCUUGAAAGGGCAACUGGGAAGUGGGCAGAGGAGAACAGGAUUGGCAGCGGCAGCUUUGGCGAUGUGUACAAGGGCGUGUCUCCGCAGAGCGGCAGUCAAAUGUGGGCCGUCAAGCGGGCGAGAGUACUCAGCAACGACUUCCUUACCGAG